GUGAUUGUUUGCGUUCCUUUAUGGUGGUGUUGCUGUGGAUGUCCGAAGUGCAGAAUUCGUCUAUCCGCGGAUAGAGCCGCCGAACAGCCGACGUUGGUCAUGCGGCGUGCUUGACGACCUGGCUGACGACCUAUUCGCGCAACUGUCCCGUGUGUAGACAACCCGUAGUCACUGAAUUAACCGCUGAACUUAGCCCGGCUGACAUUAUCCAUCCCGUCGCACUUUCGCCUGAUCUGUUGAACUAUAUAGCCGGAUUGGAUUAUAUAGACUAUCACGAUCUAGUGUGAUACUCCUGGCUCGUAUGCGUCUCACAAACCCUAGCGUAGCUCCAAUCAACGAUCGAUCGCUCGAGCUGCUGCCACCGCCACCUCAAUGACGUCACACACGGAGACCGAAUACGACAUGCGGCGAUGCGCGGCAAGAUUUUUUCUGAGUCUGUGCUGUUUAUCCCCGCUGCUGCAGCGUGGCAGUGGCGUGAUCCUCGUGUACGAGCGAGACGUUGCCGAAGAUACCUGGGUUCCGGUCUACCAGGUUCUCAAUAACCACCAGUCCCUCGCUGGCCGACGCGACCGCGAUAUUCCGAGUUAUCUGUACGUUGCCGAUCCAGAGAACGCCUGCAACGCUGACGAUGUGGAUCCGGCGCCGCGCGUGUGGGAGGACAACCGAGCAGCUCCGUUCUUCUUACUCACUAACGACGCACCGUGUGCUCCACAAAACGGCUAUCGGAAUACCACGGGCAGUGAUGGCAGCGGAGUGGUCGCAAAGAUCUUCAACGCCCAAAUGAAAGGCUACAGCGGCAUCAUCGUGUACGCCGAUUACAGUAAAGAGAAGGUCCUCCCGGAGAUGGCGGACGGAGCGCACUCAUACUAUGAGGAGUGGCCGCGGACGACGCCGGUUCCCCGGCCGAUUCCCGUCAACAUUACCGGCUUCAUCAAGAUUGCCGUGCAUUUCGUCGGACACGACGACGGAGCGCGACUGGCGCAGUACGCGUACAAUACGUCUUCUCGAUCUCUGUACAAAGUGAAAGUUAGUUCGGUGGUGGUCGAUCCAACCGACAGGUUCGGUUACCAUCCCCGCGUUGCGUAUCCGAGUUACGAGAGCCCGACGUGGACGAGCGCGCCUACCAGCAGCUCCGGUUCUUCAUCUGACAGCAACGCAUUACUCUGGGGUAUCCUCGGUCCCUCAUUUGUUAUCGGCGCUGUUAUCUGGCUGAUGAGAUUCGCAUAUCGACGGCACCAGAUUCGUCAAGCUGCGAAAGCAGCAGCCGAACAAGUCAUGAUCGCUCAGGCGUUGGCGCAAGCCGCCGCUGAAGAUGAGUUAGCGCGCAUUCUGAUUCUGCGCGAGCAGCAAGUGCGUCGCUUUAUCGAGGCCUUCAUCGCCCGCGUCCAGGCCGCGGAAGAGGCAGAGCACGUGCAAGCCAACGGCGUUCCGCUGACACCGGCAGAAAUGCAGCGACUGACGCAAGUAAAGGUCACGGAGGAAUCGGACGACAUCUGUCCGACAUGUCAGCAGACGUUUGUUGUGGACGAAAUUAAAAUCGUCUUGUCCUGUUCUCAUGUGGGUCAUUCGGCGUGCUUGACGACCUGGCUGACGACCUAUUCGCGCAACUGUCCGGUGUGCCGACAACCCGUGGAGACAGCGUCCAUCGCAGAUCCCAACCCGGGCGAUUGUCGUCAACUCACUGAUCGCCAGAACUCCACAGCCGAAUUGAUGUGAUAAGAUUGCCGUACUGGCGCUUGGGAGAUACAUGGAUACCAUUUCUCUUUUCACUGUUUUAUAAAAAUGAAUGAUUUAUCACGCAGAAGCCUGUGCCGAUCCAAGGCAUGACCUAACGAACAGCUACAUACUACAUACAUACCGUCAUAGCAUGACAAAAUUGUAUACAUCAAUACAUGCGUAGAAACUUUUCGCUUCCGCACGGUACCAGACACUUUUUUGCAUUGUUUAAUGGCAUUUUAUAGCCAAGUGAUUUGUACGCAUUGGCAUAAAACGGUCUGUAUA